AGCCCUCUGUUCUACAUCAAUUAUUUUCUUUCAAAUAAGAGUAUUUGGCAACUCAAACUUACAUUAUUGAAAGAGGGAGUACAUAUUGUAGAAGAGCUUAAAAAUGAGACAAAGGUGCUGCUUAAGAAAGAGUCUACAUCUCCAGUCCAAGACAAAAUGGACCAAGAUGAUACAAUUCAUGUUAAAAAAGAAUCUAAGAAAAAGUCUACAUCUCCAGUUCAAGACAAAAUGCACCAAGAUGAUACAGUACCCAUUAAAAGAGAAUUUAAGACAGUGUCAUCAUCUCCAAUACAAGACACAAUAGAGAAUGACCGCAAUGUUCACAUGGUUGGGCUAAGCAAAUCCAUUAAAGAACCUGGUAGCAAAACAAUCCUAUCUCGUAAUGUGGAUGUGGAUAUGCUACAAUUAACUUUCCCACAUAACAAUAGAAUUAUUGCAUCAUGUGUUACACAUUUUGCUAAGAGUAAAGUCACUAAAUCUCUAAAACGUAGCCCAAUUGUCACCUCCCAAGUUGUAGUUCCGAAUUUGAAAAAGAUGAAAAAAAUCAAAGAUACGUCCCAGGAAUCUAGACUGGUUGAUGAGGAGAGUAUCAAUGAGUUCGCACCAUUUACUGAAUUGGAGAAGAUCAUAUGCAAUUAUAUUUUCAAUAAGGAUCUAGAUGGGAGUGAAGUUCUUGCUAGCAUGAAAUACGAGUAUGGUGAUCGUGCGGCUUUUUUUUCAUUGCUCCCUAACCAAUGGAUUAGCAGUCAGAUUAUUAACUUGACCAUUUGCAUGAUGACUUUGGAAGAGAAUAAGUAUGGACAACUAUAUGCGUGGCAUUUGCCAACACAUUUCUCGCAAAAAAUGAUUGAAGAAGAUGGUAAUCCCACACUGGAAUGGUUUAAAAGGACGUAUAGGGACGAUGACAAGUAUAUGUCAAGAUUGAUGUGUUGUGAACAGAUUUAUAUCCCUAUGAAUGACAAUAAUAGUCACUGGUACUUAUGUGUCAUUGACUUUAGUUCAAGAAAAAAAUGUAUACAUAUAUUGGACUCUUUGCCAAGCACAACGAGGCAAGACAUUCAAAUAAAAAACGUGCAAACAGUGGUAAAAGGUCUCGAUAAGUUAUUGAGUUAUCUGGAGAAAGACAGCUAUACUAAUAGUAUUACCAAAUUUCCAUUGAAAUCACCCCCGUUGGAUCCUAUACAAGAUAAUGGGUAUGAUUGCGGCAUGUAUGUUAUUAAGCACAUGCAUACAAAAAUUAUCAAACAGAAUCUGACCUUGAUGGAGAGUUGGUCGAAACGUAUUCGAUACAAGUUGGCAUCAAAUCUAGUGCUUUCAAUGGAAAAUGAACAACGUUCAAAAAUAAUAGAAAAUGCUAGAAAAACUACACUACAAGAUAUUUUUGGGUCAUUGGAAUGACAUUGAUUUGUAUAAUUUGAUAAUUGAAUUUUUUGGAAAAUGCUACAAUUUAUUGAAUUUUAUUUUUGAUUGAAAGGGAGAUUGAAUUUCGUGAGUU